AUGGCUAUUAACGAUGAUACGUCCCUAUCGUGCAAAGACACGAAUGUUCAUGUCAAAUCACUGGAGCAGGCGCAAUCAUCGGCAUCCCCCCAGGAACAGCUUAAAGCCGAAGGCCUUUCGCCAGAUUCUAAAACCAAUCAUGAUGCCAGCACGGAUUCCAAGCCACUAUCAAGUGGUGCGGAGCCCGAAACAGCUACCGUAGAAGAAACAAGCACUCCGACAGACAAAAAGGAAAUCAAUGUGCAAGAAAUCAAAAUUACGCGAGUGGCCCCAGGAAAGUGGCGACAGGUCAAAAAGGAGGGCAAGAUUGAUACUCAGCAGAGUAUCCUUUUAACAUCCGCAACCGGUAACGGCGUUCUCAUGUUGCCAGAAACCAGACGAAGGCAAAACAGGUCUAUUGAUGCCGCUGGAAGUUCAACUUCUGGAACUUCUAAUCGUCUGUAUAAGCCACACCGGUUGGCGAUUAACUCUAAAUUUCUCUUGCGUGUUUUGGAAGAAUGCACAGGAACCUCCUUCUCGGAGGAGCAGAAUGUCAUGGUUCGACCUUUCAAAUACUUGGUGGAGUUUGAGCCAGAACUUCGCGAAGCUUUGGAAAAUGCGGAAGCACAAUGCGCGAAGGCGGAUGCUGAACUUGGGCACUGUAUGCAUGAAUCUGAAGGUAACAACUCUCCAAGUCAUACCUCUGCAACAAGCCACCCGACCGAGGGGAGUUUAGAGAGGUGCAAGGAAGCCGCUAUCCUCAAGGAACGGGAGCGAGACGAAUUACGAUGCCUUUUGGAGUUUAUGGAUACAGAUAUGAGGGAUAUCUUCGACAUGAAAAGCCGGAUUCAGGCCCGCUCACUUGAGAAAAUUGCCUUUGAACAUCUCUGGUUGUUUUUCAACCCCGGUGAUUUGACCUACCGUUCCCUUGGUGAUGAUGACAAGCGACAACAGGCAUAUCAAGUGUUGCAUGUCACUGGCGGGAGAGUAUGUUUCGAAAAGAGACGAAAGUUCUCGUUUGACCCAGUUGGAGACCGGCAAUGGGAUUCAGACUCAGAGGAUGAUGAAAAAGCCUGUGACUCGGUCAGGUGCUCUGGCACUGAGAGAACAAGCUUCAUAAUCGAUGCUUUUUAUCUUGAUUCAGAUGGCCGUACAAUUGCCCCAAAAGGAAAAAGAUUUGUCAUUUCGCCCUAUAUUGGAGAGAGAUCUAUUUUCUCAUUUCCACUGCAACAUUUGGACUUUGAUCCACAGAAGCAACAAAUCCAGACCGAACUUCUCAACCGAGGGACGCGUUUCAUUGAAUUAAUUUCUCGAAAUCGCUCGGUGAAUUCUAAUCACAAGAUGUAUUCUGGGGCUACAAUCCAAGAAGCGAGAUUUGUGGCGCAAAGCUGGAAAUGCUACAACAUUCCUUCAACAGAAGUGUACAAUGAGGUCAUGAUAGACCAAGAAGCCGGCUUGCAGCAUUUCCAACAAACGUUCAACAAUUUUCGCUUGCGUGUCGGUGGCCGUGUCAUCACAUCACCCACCUUGGCCGAUACGCGGGAGUGUAUUGACGUCUUGACACAAGCCGACAACGAUAUUGUAUCUGAUAUCUUUGAAGAUUCUGAAUUUGAACUGGCCAGGCGCCAGGAGUUCAUACACAGUACCAACAUAGUAGAUAUCCGCUUGAUUGCCAAUACUUCCAUUUCUGACAACGACCGGGUUUUAUUCCCCCCUCGAGUCUAUGGGUACUCCUUGUUGAAUCACCGAUGGGCUGCUUUCAAUAUCAAACUCCUCACAGAUUUGUCCUAUAGCAGAGGAAAAGAUGGCUGGGCUAAGAUGGAAGACCUUGUUCUCCCCGAUGAUCAUAAAACUAUGCUCCAGGCCCUUGUUACAAAUCAGUUCCAACAAAAUCCCCCGUCUGCUGAUGGGGCAAAUCCACACAAUCAAUUCAGCAUGGACGUUGUUCCCGGGAAAGGCGCGGGAUUGAUCAUUCUUCUUCAUGGUGCACCCGGAGUGGGCAAGACUUCGACAGCAGAAUGUAUCGCUGCCAAAUUAAACCGCCCUCUCUUGCCAGUCACCUGUGGUGAUAUUGGAACUUAUGCCACUGCGGCCGAAGCGAAUCUCGAAACUUUCUGCAAUUUGGCCGAUAGGUGGAAGUGUGUGCUUCUUUUGGACGAGGCCGAUGUUUUCUUGGCGAAGCGCGAACGGGGCGAUAUCGAAAGAAAUAGCUUGGUUUCCGUCUUUCUCAGAGUACUAGAGUAUUUCUCUGGAGUCAUCAUCUUAACAACCAAUCGAGUAGGCGAGUUUGAUGAGGCCUUCCGAUCACGCAUCCACAUUUGCCUCUAUUACCCAAAGCUAGGACAGGAGCAAGCCAAGCAAAUCUGGCAGAAAAACAUCCAGCGGCUUAAAAGCAGUCGUCUGGAUAUUGAGAUCGAUGCAAAAGAGAUCGAAAAGUUUGCAGAUGAACACUGGCAGCGUAAUCUCCGCAGUCCAAGCCGGCAUUGGAAUGGCAGACAAAUCAAAAACGCUUUCCAGACAGCCAUAGCGCUCGCCAAUUGGGAAUUCCAAGAAAACAGUGUCAAAAAGCGAUCAAGACCAGUUCUAAAGGUGCGGCACUUUCGUAAAGUGGCCAAGCUUGCUGGUCGCUUUGACGACUACAUCAGUGAGAUUUACGACUUGCCUGAAGUUGACGCUUACGGAGAGUUGGCGAAAAGAGACGGCAUCCGGGAGGAUAACACUACCAUCAUGAGACAGCAAUUCCAGCCUCCCCAAGAUGAUCUACGUCGUGAGCGCCGAAGAUCGAGACCUCGCGGCUCUAUCAAUGUAACUCGGCACCGGGAAGUCGAUCAGCACAGCUCUGAUGAUUCGGAUGAUUCAUUUGGAAGUCAUGGUGAAGAGAGCACGGAGGCUGAGUCGACGCAAGAUGAAGAGUCUGAUUCUGAUGAUGAUUCCGAUAAGAUCAAACAGUUGGAAUUGGAACUGAAGCUGAAGAAGAUGAAAGAUAAGAAGAAAAAGGCCAAGCGGCAGGAUAAAUAG